AUGACCAAAUCCAAACCCACACGCACGCCCUCCCCUCCCUCAGACCCCCAAGCAUCGACAGCAGUAUGCUGCACAUGCGCAACCCUGCUAUCCAAGACGAAAGUCCCCUACGACCCAGUAUCCGAAAAACCACUCUUCUACACCCGACGCCUCCCCUGCUGCGGCCGGGACAUCUGCGCGUUGUGCCAGCACACGAACCCGCGGUUCCAGUCGUACUGUCCGUUCUGCCAGAUCUCGAGCGGGCCCAGCGCAUUGCCGCCGGACGGACUGCGGCUGCCGCCGUCGUAUUCGAAGAGCGGGCCGGAGACGAGUGGUGGAGAAGGAGGGGAGGAUGCGCCGCCGGCGUACGAUGAGCUGUCGUCGAGGACACAAAUGCAGCAGCGGAGGGUAGAUGGGCAGAGUCAGAAUACGGCGCCGCCGUCACAGGAGGAAACCGAGGACACGGUCCAUUUCGUGGGGCUGGACGACACGCUCGCGUCGCUGUCGAUCGCGUACGGCGUGCCGGCGGCGGUGCUGCGGGCGCACAACAAUGUGUUUUCCGACGGGCUGAUCACCGCCCGCAAGUGGGUGUUGAUCCCGCGGUCGCACUAUGACGGCCCGCCGUUGUCGGUGCCGCCGGAUCCGGACGAGGAGGAGCGCAAGACCAAGCUGCGCAGGUGGAUGGUCGCUACGAAGUGUGCGGAUUAUGCCGUCGCCACCCUGUAUCUCAAGGCGAGUGAUUAUCAGCUGGACGUUGCCGUCCAGGCGUUCAAGGCUGAUGAGGAGUGGGAGCGGAGGAAUCCGCUGGAGGGGCAGGGGAAGGGCAAGGAGAAGGAGAAGCGGAGGUCGAGGCUGGGCCGGGGUGGGAGUCUUGCGGGUCAGCUUUCGUGA